AAAAUUUCAUGUGUUGGGGAGCCUCCAGGAACGUGGUUGAGAACCAUUGGUCUAGACCUGACCGUGUCUGUAUUUGAGAGGCACCUAAUAAAUGAACUACUGGACAGAGAACUGGAGGACUCUUAUUUUGACGAGUUGUUGUUCAGUCGCCAUCUUGGCUGGUUGUGUCUGGCUUCAGUCGCGCGCUGAACAGAUACGGAAACCUCGGUCCGAGAUAAACUGACGGAAUGGCGGCGAUCCGUAAGAAGCUGGUGAUCGUUGGUGACGGUGCGUGUGGGAAGACCUGUCUGCUCAUCGUCUUCAGUAAAGACCAGUUCCCCGAGGUCUACGUGCCCACCGUCUUCGAGAACUACGUGGCCGACAUCGAGGUGGACGGCAAGCAGGUGGAGCUAGCGCUGUGGGACACGGCGGGUCAGGAGGACUACGACCGUCUGCGACCGCUCUCGUACCCAGACACCGACGUCAUCCUCAUGUGCUUCUCCAUCGACAGCCCCGACAGCCUGGAGAACAUUCCUGAGAAAUGGACUCCGGAGGUCAAGCAUUUCUGCCCCAACGUUCCCAUAAUUCUGGUGGGCAACAAGAAGGACCUGCGCCACGACGAACACACGCGCCGCGAGCUCUUCAAGAUGAAGCAGGAGCCCGUCAAACCGGAGGAGGGCCGAGACAUGGCCAACCGCAUCUGUGCCUUCGGAUACAUGGAGUGCUCCGCCAAAACCAAGGACGGUGUGCGGGAGGUGUUCGAGAUGGCCACCAGGGCGGCGCUGCAGGCCCGCAAGGGCAAGAAGAACAACAAGUGCCUGCUGCUGUAAACAGACUGUGCUCACCUCCAUUUUAUUCCUUUUAACUGAAUCAGUUCACCUAGUGUUGAGAGUUAUGUCAGUAUUUAACGUUUCUGUUAGUACACCUUUGAAUUCACCACAUUCAGACUCUGCAGAAACACAAAUAUGCAACGACGACUUCGAGAAACAACAGAUCAGGACCAAGGUGCACUGCACACCCGCCGACGAGACUUGAAAUGCAUUAUUUUGUCUUUCACAAUCAGUAGAAUUUGGUAUGUUUGUGUAUUAAAGCCUUUAUAAGACGUG